AUGCGGGCAUCCGCCGCGCGUCCGCCUGCCCGCGCACACACAUUUCCCGCAGCCCAUCGAGUACGUGACUCCCCUCGAGCACGAGCCAUAUCGCUGGACGGAACGGUGCGUCGGUCUCGGGUGCACGUGACUCAGACGCGUCGGCACGUGACUCAUGGGUGUGGACGGUGGCCUCGAGGCGGAACGAGAGGCGGUCGAGCGCGUCGGCGAGGGGAUCGACGUGUCCGAAGCGCGCAGCGACGGCGGAGUCGCAGAGGCUUGGCGGCGGAGGCAGCGGAUCGACAGGCGACGCGUCGACGAGGGCAUCGGCAUAGACGCGCCACGCGCCAAGCGCAAAGGAGUGGCGCGAUGCGCCGCGACGCGCCACCAUGGCGUGGAGACUACGGAGGGUCACGUGCGCAUCGCGCAGCUGUGCGGGGUGUCCGCGAGACAGGGCGGUUGCAAGUGCCUAGAGGAUGA